UUCAUAAUAUCUUAUCUAACUAAACUUAUAAUAAGAAUAACCAUCAAAUAUUACAACGUGUCCUUAAUUAACAAAAAUUAUAUUUGAAUCAUACGUUUUUUUCAAAACGUAACUCUUUAAUGUGAAUCUAACACAAAUUCAAAUCCGUAAUUCGAUAAUAUCAAUGCGGGUAUUAAAAAAAUGCACCAAGUAAAAGGAAAAUAAUAAAUAGUUGUAGCAGUUCCGGGGCGGCUGUAAAAUUCCCAAAUCGGUCCGGUUUCUAGGGUUUUCAAUUAUUCAAUUCUCUUCAAAUUCAUCAAAAAAUCCGCCAUAAUUAUGAACGAAAAGGUACGCCCAGUUACUUAUUAGUUACUAUAUUGCUUCUCCUUUCCCUAUUUUUGAUGCAAUGCAAAUUUAUUCAAUGAACAACAUUCAAUUUUGACGAUUUUUCAACCGUCAAAUUAUCAAAACAAUUGAUUCGAAUCGUUUAGCUGGAAUGAAGGUUGAUUUUUCUCGAUCUUGAUCUGGGUUUCGUAUAAAUUUUGUUUAAAUUCAUAUUCGUCUUCGUAAUAGACUUGGGAAGAUCAAAAUUCAGCUGCAAAUUUAUCGAAGCAAAUAACGUAAUUGAUUUUGUGGAGAUAUUUUGUUUGAAUCAUUCUCCCUCAGCUGGAACGAUAAUUGAUCUUGAGCUGGGUUCGUUAAAAAUAGUUUAAAUUCAUAUUCAUCUUUGGACUUUUGGAAAAUCAAAAUUCAGCUAGUAAAUCGGUCCGGAAUAACGAAAUCAAGUUAGAGAGCGUUUAUCUUGGUUUGGGAGGAUUGUAAAAAAAGUUUAAGUUCCUAUUCGUUUUUGUGUACUGAUGGAGUUGGAAGAACAAAAUUCAGCUAGUAAAUCGGUCCGGAAUGAUGAAAUCAAGGUAGAGAGUAAUGGGUCUAGUCUUGUUGGGGAUAAUGAUGUAAAAGGUAAUGUGAUGGAAAUGGAAAGUCAAAAUUCAGCUAGUAAAUUGGUCCAGGAUAAUGAAAUCAAGGUAGAGAGUAAUGGGUCUAGUCCUUCUGGGGUUAAUAAUACUAUUAGUAAUAAUUUGGAUGAUGUAAAAGGCAAAAGAAUUGAAGAAAUAAAGGAGGUUAAAUCAUCUCCAACGACGAAAGGGUUUGGGUUGAAGAAAUGGAAAAGGAUAAAGAGGGAAUCACGUAGGGAGGAUGGGGAGAGUAGUGUUAACAGUGGUAAGGUGUUGAAACGGGGUUUGGCGAAUCCGGUUGGUAAUUCAGCUGGAAGGAUUCAAAAAAGUGAUGGAUCUGUUUCCUCUACGAAUGCAGUGUUUAGGAAUGUUGGUGUUCUGGUUGAGGGAUUUGAUGUAAUUGGCGACUCUAGUUUGGUAAUUGGGCCGAUUUUCCAUGCUGUAUCAGAAUCAGAGAACAGUGAGGAUCGAAGUAUUAGGUCUUCUACUGCAGCUAGUGCUCCAAAGGUAAGGUAUGCUCCAUCUGACAAGCAUUGGUUGAGGAGUUUGAGUGGGAAGAGCUUGGGAAUCUCAGCACAGAAACCUCAUCGGGGAAAAGGUCGGGCUGAAACUAGUAAAAAGGCUAGAGGAGAAAGGGUCAAAAUCGAGAAGGAAAACUCCCAUUCCAGCAUGGAAUCUGACUCGCGGAGCUCUAAUUUUCUCUUUAUGCAGGGUAACUAUGCUACAAGUAAUGGUACAAAGGGUGAAAGGUCAAAUAUUUAUGAUGGAGAAUCCAGUGAUGAAGCUCAGGACAGAGAAAGACCAAUUGGUGAGGAACUUCGGGCUGGUCUCGAGAGAGGAAAUGAUAGGGAGUCUGAAAAUGUGUCACAAGAAGAUCUAGCUGCUGAAUCUCCGUGGGAGGUUAAGGAAGAUAAGAGUGAGAAUCAAGGUUCAUCCACUGAUCGUGAUCCUCUGAUGGAAUCUAUCUACAACUACCGGGCUGUUCAAGAAGCGCUUGCAAGAGAAAUUGAGAAAUUCAGAGAAAUCGGGAAAGAUAUUCCAGGUCAUUUGCUUGAGGAUGUUGGUAUACCUUCAGAUUUCAGUUCAGAUGACUCAGAUAUCCUGCUGUCACAGCACAGGGAUGGUGCUCAACAUUCUCUUAACUCCUUGGAGUCUGAUUUGGUUAGCCUAAAGCAGAAUAUAUUACUGUUGCAAGACAAAGUUCAGAAGGCAACAGACCUUGUUAAAUCCAAGGAAGCAAGAGUUACCGAACUUGAAACCAUUUUAGGUAGUAGCUCAAAGAGUGAAGAAACGAUUAUCGAAAGUGAGUUCGAGGGUCUCUUUAGACAGAAAAUUGAAGCCGAAGUUCAGUAUUUGACAAUAUCAAGAACAACCCAAACAUUGAAAAGUGCAGCCGUGGAUCAACUUACCCUCUUGGAAGAACAGAAGACCUUAGCUUCAGAACAAGCACGGAUGGUGCACGUGCUAGGAGAUGCAGAAGCAAAGGCUGCAAUGCUCAAGACACAAGCCGAGAAGUUGGAAAGUUACUGUGAAGAUUUAGCAAGCAGCACAGAUGAAAAGCUAAAGCUACAGAAGAAAGUCUGCAAGUACAGUUCGUGUCUUCUCAUACAGCUGGUGUUGCUGGCCGUUGUCAUCGGACUUUUUCUGAUGCAGAUUGCUCCUGAUCAUGCCGAACUUGUACCCACUUAAUGUUAACGAAGUUUUUUUUGUCUUUUCUUUUUCUAUGUUAUCAACAUCGUCAUCCUGCAAUGUUGAAGUGUUAGAUCAGUUUGUUUUAGAUGUUUAUAGAUAGCUGAAAUACCUACUUCUCAUUUUGCCAAGUUUUUGCUUCUAUAAAAGGGUAAGCUCUUAGAAAUUCUUUA